CCAUAGAAACCCCGUCUCAUGCAUUUUCCAAAUUCUAGGCCAGUUGGCCAGAAGGCCAAGGGCUUUGCACCUAAACCAAAUGGAUUCCUAACCCUAGAAACCAAAUUGGAGGGAAGCGAAUUCUCUUUAUGAGAUUAACUUCUGCUGUUCUUUCUCUUCUCCCCUCUCCGCUUCUUCCCUUCAGUCGCCACACACGCACUCCUCGUUUCUUGCGGAUAUCUUCUAAACUAUCUGUUUCUACGAAGGACACACUUCUGUGUGCAGCCAUGAGCGGCGAUAUCAUCAGUUCCGCUCCUUCGCCUGGGCAGGUGGCAGAAACUUUGGACCAUGGCCGGCUUACUGGAAGUGUCAAGCAACAACUAGCAAAAUUGUUUGAAGGAUCGCUUAAAGUAUUAUUUCCUGAAGAAUCAAAUUUGGAGCCAUUAAUUGCUGUCUGCACUGCUAAAUUUGGUGAUUACCAAUGUAAUAAUGCAAUGGGCAUUUUUUCUAAGAUCAAAGGAAAAUCAGCAGCAUUUAAAAAUCCGAAUUCAGUUGGGCAGGCCAUUUCCAGACAUUUACCUCCAUCGGAUAUUAUUGAGUCUACCUCUGUUGCAGGACCUGGGUUUGUGAACAUUGUUUUAUCUAGCAAAUGGGUGGCUCAGAACAUACAAAAUAUGCUCUUAAAUGGUAUUGAUGCAUGGGCGCCAAUUUUGUCAGUUAAGAGAGCGGUGGUCGAUUUCUCUUCUCCCAAUAUUGCCAAAGAAAUGCAUGUUGGCCACUUAAGAUCUACAAUUAUUGGGGACACACUUUCUCGAAUGUUGGAAUUUUCAAAUGUUGAGGUUUUUCGACGAAACCAUGUUGGUGAUUGGGGAACUCAGUUUGGCAUGUUGAUUGAACAUUUAUUUGACAACUUUCCCAACUGGGAGGAUGCUGAAGAACAAGCCAUUGGAGAUCUGCAGGUAUGUUAA